GAAAAAAAGUGGCUAAAAUAUCCUGAAAGUGCUGCAAAUGGAAGAUAGUUUGACUGAUAUUCCAAACUUGAACUUCUCUAGCUCUGGAGAUGAAGAAGUUGAAGAACAAAUUCAAGAAAAUGUUGGAGAAAUCAGUGAAGAGAGAAAAGAAAGCAAAGAAGGUGGGGUUAUUAAUAAUUUCAUUUCCAACUUAAUGAGCCCUAGAGCAGGGGAUGCUAGCAACAAAGGAAAAAAUAAUUUCUUAGAUGAGGAUAAUAAGAAAGAAGAUAUAAUUUCUGAGCAAAGUGAUAAUAAUGGAAGUGGAAGUGGAGGGAUAAUCAACAAUUUCAUCUCCAAUAUUUUUCAUCCAACUGAAAAUAUAAAUGCUGUUGAGAUCAACCAAGAAAACAGCAGUGGAGAAGGACAAAAAGGUGGGGUGGUUCAAGAAAAUGAAACUGCAAGUGUUUUAGAUAAUAUUGUUUCCCACUUGCCAACUCCCCUUGCAGAUGAUGCAGUUCCGGCAACAGAUGAGGCUUCAAUACUGAUUCAUUCAAUUGUUCAUGACUAGGGGAGAUAUAGUGUUUCAUUCGUAUGGAGAAGAAUGUAUAUACGUUUUUACUUUUUGUGUAAGUUUUAAAUUUUAAUCUGCAAUCUCAUUGAUAAUUGUGGUUGUUUAGUGCUGAGAAUUAGAUCAGAAAUGAGUCAA